UUUGCUUUAGAUGAUCUUAAGAGUUCAGUUCUUGGGGUGAACUGUUGAGAAGAUUGGCCGUUUUCUUUUCAAAAGUUGUUGAGAAUGUGGACUUUCCCAAAGGUUGUGUGUGCGCGCGCUCGACCUCACCCAGGGGGAGCCGCCGCCCGGGCGGGAAUUUCACAGUAGCGUGGUCAGGGCAGUUAUUUUCCAGAGCAGUUUAAUGUCUAUUUUGCCCAAUUGCAAGGAAAGCUUACCUUGGAAAAGCUGAGAAUGUUUGACUGAUGAAGUUUUUAGAGCCAUAAAAUGAACCUGUUUCUGCCACUCUUCCACCCCUUCAAAAGGACUGGGAAAUGUAAAAUGGCUUCAGGAUGUUCUUGCUUGAGGGUGUCCGGAUUUGGACAGAAGGCCACUUUCUUUUAAUAUUAGCAGUGCCACACAAUAGAAGAACAAAGACCACUGAAAUUCAGAAUCAGUUUUUGGCUCCAUGGAGCAGGAAGUAAAUUCAAGGACGCCAGAGAUUAUGCGAAUAUUUUAAUUGGUUGACAUUUGAAAUUUGUUCUUAAGCGAGUGAACCCAAUAGGGGGAUAGCGUAUGAAAAGCUUUUAGGACAACGGCAGACGGCGAUAAUCUAGAACUGAGAGGGGCCUCUGAAAGGUUUGACCUGCUUUAGAUAGAGAUUUCAGAUAAGAGGAACGGAGUUUUGACCCUUUUAGGUUGGUGGUUCCCCUAAAUAACCUUACAAAAGUUUCGCUGAACGAAAAAAACUUGGCUCAACUCCAAGAUCUAAACAAAAAACACUGGGUUGAAAAGGGAAUUUUGAAUGUUUACCGUUUGCUUUAUAUAAAUUUUCUUGUUUUGUUAAUACUUGUUUUACUUACAGUUUUUGGGUUACAUGUCCUGGUUAAAACCUUUCUUUAGCGACUUGGUUUUACGUUUCGGUUUGUAACUGACAUUUGACCUUCUUUUAACGCAGUAUUACUUGCUUCCUUAUACCGGUUUCCCAGGUGAAACCAUUUGCAGGGUCUUGGGUUUCCCCCUCCCCCCGAAAGUCUUGCGCGACCCAGGGUGGGCAGAAUAGCAUGCAGUUUUUCGAGUCUUGGUUAGGGGCUUCCAGGAAGCUGAAGCGGAAAUUGCCUAGGCCCCUGGGGCGUCGGAGGUCCUACCGCAGCUCCCCGUUGGUGGUGGGGGCACUGCGGCGGUACCUACUCAGUCCUGGUGGGACCGCACUUAGCUUUCCUGAGCUAUGCAUAAGCCGUUUGACCACCCAGAGACGCGUGUGGGCCUGUGCAGUUUCAGCUGCACGGGGGCGGGGAAUUCUGUAGACAGGAUUCGAGAAUUCACGUCUUCUGUGAUAACGUGUCACCGGUGGGCGCCGUGGAUUAGGUGCGAAGGCGCUCACAGGCAGAAGUUUUGGACUCCCGCCGGCGAGGCCACCUGUUGAUGCAUUUGAUUUCUGUCCCUGUUCCUUGUCCCAUCUGGAGCAUUUCCAAUUCCAGUUUUGUGGAGCGGCAGGUCGGAGCUUGUCCGGCGAGGGUGGGAGUUGGUUCCGGCGGAGAUCCCGUAGGAAGAGCCGGCUCCUUGCCCGGGCAAACUUCUGGGUGACACUUUGAAGUGUUUCAUGUUCAUAUCACCACUGGGGCUUCCCAGACGCCUGAAAGUCCCAGAACUCCUCCACUGGAAAGGAUUCUGAAAGAAAUGAAGUCAUCCCUCAGAAAUGAAGUUGACUACCUCCUGGCUUUCUGUUGACUGGCCUGGAGCUGUACUCCUGUAGACCCUUGUGAGCUCUCCUAGCCUAAGAGUAGGAUGUCUGCUGAGGUCAUCCAUCAGGUUGAAGAAGCACUUGACACAGAUGAGAAGGAGAUGCUGCUCUUUUUGUGCCGGGAUGUUGCUAUAGAUGUGGUUCCACCUAAUGUCAGGGACCUUCUGGAUAUUUUACGUGAAAGAGGUAAGCUGUCUCUCGUGAGCUUGGCUGAACUGCUCUACAGAGUGAGGCGAUUUGACCUGCUCAAGCGGAUCUUGAAAAUGGACAGAAAAGCCGUGGAGGAACACCUGCUCAGGCACCCACACCUUAUUUCGGACUACAGAGUGCUGAUGGCAGAGAUCGGUGAGGAUUUGGAUAAAUCUGAUGUGUCCUCAUUAAUUUUCCUCAUGAGGGAUUACAUGGGCCGAGGCAAGAUAAACAAGGAGAAGAGUUUCUUGGACCUUGUGGUUGAAUUGGAGAAACUAAAUCUGGUUGCCCCAGAUCAACUGGAUUUAUUAGAAAAAUGCCUAAAGAACAUCCACAGAUUAGACCUGAAGACAAAAAUCCAGAAGUACAAGCAGUCUGCUCAAGGAGCAGGGACAGGUUACAAGAAUGCUCUCCAAGCAGCAAUCAAAAACAGUUUCAAGGAUCCUUCAAAUAACUUCAGGCUCCAUAAUGGGAGAAGUAAAGAAAAAAGACUUAAGGAACAACUUGGCACUCAACAAGAACCAGUGAAGACAUCCAUUCAGGAAUCAGAAGCUUUUUUGCCUCAGAGCAUACCUGAAGAGAGAUAUAAGAUGAAGAGCAAGCCCCUAGGAAUCUGCCUGAUAAUCGAUUGCAUUGGCAAUGAGACAGAGCUUCUUCGAGAUACCUUCACUUCCCUGGGCUAUGAAGUUCAGAAAUCCUUGCAUCUCACUAUGGAUGGUAUAUUAAAAGUUCUUCAACGAGUUGCCUGUAUGCCCCAACACCAAGAUUACGACAGCUUUGUGUGUGUCCUGGUGAGCCGAGGAGGCUCCCAGAGUGUGUAUGGUGUGGAUCAGACUCACUCAGGGCUCCCCCUGCAUCACAUCAGGAGGAUGUUUAUGGGAGAUUUAUGCCCUUAUCUAGUAGGGAAGCCAAAGGUGUUUUUUAUUCAGAACUAUAUGGUGUCAGAGGGCCAGCUGGAGGACAGCAGCCUCCUGGAGGUGGAUGGGCCAGCAAUGAAGAACGUGGAAUCCAAGCCUCAGCAGCGAGGGCUGUGCACAGUUCACCGAGAAGCUGACUUCUUCUGGAGCCUUUGCACUGCAGAUGUGUCCCUGCUGGAACAGUCCUGCAGCUCACCAUCCCUGUACCUGCAGUGCCUCUCCCAGAAACUGAGACAAGAAAGAAAACGCCCACUCCUGGAUCUCCACAUUGAACUCAAUAGCCACAUGUAUGAUUGGAACAGCAGAGUUUCUACUAAGGAGAAAUACUAUGUCUGGCUGCAGCACACUCUGAGGAAGAAACUUAUCCUCUCUUACACAUAAGAAACCAAAAGGCCAUGCACAGUGGCUCAUGCUUGCAAUCCCAGCACUUUGGGAGGCCAAGGAGGGCAGAUCACUUCAGGUCAGGAGUUCAAGAUCAGCCUGGCCAACAUGGCAAAACGCUGUCUCUAAUAAAAAUACAAAAAUUAGCUGGG